AUGUCCACUGUUUUUAUCGCGCUUUGUGUUGUGAUUCCGUGCUUCGCAACAAACGCACGUGGAUUGAAAACAUCGCAUCCGGCUGCGUACUUGGAACUCUUAUCACUGAAGCAAAUUUCCCUCCGUGCUUGCGUGCUGUUUGUUUUCAUUUCGCGCUUCUGUGUCACACCAAAAUCGCGAUUCGAGCCGCGCUUCGCGGAUCAUCGGAUUUCCGUGCGCGCUAAAUUCGAACCGUCCGAUCGGCUAGAUGAGGAAGUGUCCAUCGUCGUCCCGGUCGUCACUCAGCUGUUGCCGUCUGCGAUGAUGACCAAACACCGUCGGCAGCUGUUUCUGGUGGUAAUCGGGUUGCUUUUUCUGCUGCUGGCCAUCAUCUUCGUGACGAACUUCUAUUUCGUCCACUGGCUGACGGAAGUGGAUUAUGGGCGGCCAGUGGCACCGGAAGUGGUUCCCCGUAGGAGUCAGCAAGUCGCAGGCGAUAGCGGGACGUCAUCGGUGCAGCAACAAGUAGAAGGAUUGAAAGCGACCCGAGCGGAUGGCAUUCUGGGAGCGGUUCAGUCUCGGGUCGGGAAGCUGAAAGCAGUGUACAGGAAUCGUAAUCCGCGGUACUAUCCGGUGAAGCGGGGAUUGCUGCGGUCGUUUGCCGCCAAGGCCUACAACAUAUCAACCGUUUGGAAGACGGCUGCCUCGUGGCCCACCGGGAACGAAAUUUACCCGCAGAAAGACGAACGCCUCGGAAAAGUGAUCCAAGCACUUCAGGAUGCUGCGAUACUCUCAGCCCGGAACACUCCAAGGGGCACCCAGUUGAAGUUGUUGUUCGACUUGGCCGGGAAACAGACCGUCCUGUUCAAACCUAGCUGGUACCGUAGGGAUACCAUUAUCGAGGGCACGGUCUACUCGGGAAAGGAUCGCCAUAAUUCGGAAAUUGUGGCGUUUUAUCUCGGUGCUAUAUUGAAUCUUCGCUGGACACCGAUCGUCGUGGGACGACGAGUUUCAUUGAAGGAAAUCUACCGAUUGGCGGAUGAUGAGUUGCAGGCGACCAUGAACAAGAACGACACUCGACAGUGCGUGUACGGCAAAUGCCAUUACUGUAAGCCCAGUGAAGCUGUAUGUGAUGAUCCGGAGACUGAUCAACUGGAAGGCGCAUUGCUUCUGCUAGUGCCAGGAAAGUUUUCCAAGUAUCGUUCACCGUGGCAAAGGACCUACCGGGACGGUGUGCAAGCCGAGUGGGAACAAGCCGAUGGAUAUUGCGGGAGGGUUAAGGAACGACUUCCAUUGGAGCGGCUGUUGGAUCUGAUCGAUGUGGCAGUUUUCGAUUUCCUGAUCCAGAAUGGCGAUCGACACCACUACGAAACCCGAGAAGAUAGGAUUCUGCUUAUGGAUAAUGGGAAAGGAUUUGGACAUCCUUUUAAGGAUCACUUCGAUAUACUGGCACCACUGUACCAGUGUUGCAUGAUCCGCAAAACCACAUGGGAGCGUUUGCAGAUCUUUUCCGGGGGAGCCCUUACGGAAACGCUUCAAGCUUUGAGUGAAAUCGAUCUCCUUCAUCCCCUGCUGACCAAAGACCACUACGACGCCAUCGAGCGACGGUUGCUUCUCAUUUACACAACCGUCGAAAUGUGUCGGGAGAAAUACAAUAGUAGAAUAUUUAAAUGACCAAACCUUUUGUUAAGUUUCUUUUUAAUAAAUUCGCGAAAAUCUUCUCAGUCAAA